AUGAACGGCAGGGAACAGGAGUCUGUUUCGCCCCCGGAGAUGGAGGAGACUGGCAGACCGUCGAAGCGGCAGAGGCGUGCAACAGCAGCAGACGAGCUGUCAGGCGACGCCCGUGCAGGUCGUCAAAACAAAGCCUGCUCCAAUUGCCGCAAGCUGAAGGUGAAAUGCGACCCGGCCACCAACCAAAGCAGCUGCACCAGGUGUACACGACUCGGACUGGUCUGUCUGAGGGAGAAACGGUCGUGGACGACUAAUGCCGACGACGAUGCCUGGCAGACUCAGCUCACGUUGGUCAAGCUGGAACGCGCUCUCGAAGAUGUCCUGGAGAAGCUGCAUAUGCCCGCCCUUGACCUCUAUGUCCAGCCCUCGAUCGUCAAGCCUCACCAGGCGCCUCGGUCCACCAGGCACAAUUCCGAGGAGCCGGUCGAUACCCAGCGAGAUGUCUCACCGGCUCCGAUGAACAGCCUCAUCGAAGCAACACAACUCAACGGCCUACGCAGUCAGAUCCGACCUCUGAAACAGAGAAGGAAAGGCGGCGGUCGACGUAUGGACUCGGAUUUGAUCUCGGAGAAGCUUUUGACCCUCCAAGAGGCCGAUGAGAUGCUCGACCUGUUCAAGAGAUCUUUGUCGCCUCAUCUCUUUUCUGGUUCUAUUCCACGUGAUGCAACCAUCGAAUCGCUACGUCGGUCUUCGACCGUCCUCUUCACGGCUGUCAUCCUCGUGAGCGCGCUCCACAUGCCCGGCAAAGAAAUGCUGCACGAGCUGUGUCACAGGCGCUUCCUCGGCCUCGUUUCAUCUAUCAUGUUCGAUCGUUUCCAUUCUCUCGACGACAUCCGCGGACUCUGCAUCGCCGCAUUCUGGCAGCCCUACUUAAGCUGGAAGCUGUCUGGACUUAGUAUUCGCAUGGCCACAGAGCUCAAUCUGCACCACGCAUUCUAUGAAGCCUUCAAUGAGCCAAGCAUAAGCCCAGACGCCCGCAAAGAAGCGUUGGAAAAGGCACGUCUCUGGUAUGUUCUCUAUGUUCUUGAUCACCAGUCGAGCAUCACAUACGGUCGACCGUCUAUUAUGACUGAGCUUCGACCUGUCAAAGAUCACCAGAUUCUGCUCAACUCUGAGUCAUGUACGCCUCCAGAUCGGAUGCUCAUCUCCCAGGUCACCAGCCUGGUUAUCCUGAGUAGAGCAUUUGAUCACUUUGGUCUGGAGCCGAAGCGCACCAUGGCUGGUGACGACGCCACGGUCAUGGGUCACAUGAGGUUCACCGAGGACAUGGAGGGAUGGCGUGACAAGUUCAUGAUGCUCGAGGAGCCGGACUCAGAAGCAGCGAGGUCUCUAUACAGGAGCGUAGAGCUUCACCAUCACUUCAGCAGCUUGGUGUUGAACUCGCUCGUUCUCCGAGGACGUCCGCUAGACAAGCUGUCCGAGCUCCCAGCUAGCUUGCGCCCGCUGGCCCUCAAGGCUGUCGAAGCUGCCCACGCUAUACUGCAGCAUUUCCUCGAUGAGCCUCGAUAUCGAGAUGAGAUCGUUGGGAUGCCUUUGUACCUCCACUCCAUGAUCGCCUUUGCCGCCGUGUUCCUCAUCAAGUUGUCUCCACGCUGGCAUGGGAUCGGCAUCACCAUAGAUGCAGCUCAACAGACAAUUCCACUGGUUGAAGAAGUCAUCAAGCUCCUUCAAGCCUGCAAAGCCGGAGCCAAUCACAUGGUGUACUCAAUGGCAAAGGGAUUUGAGCGCAUGCUCCGUCAGCUGAGAAGGAGUAAUCAAGUCAAUGGUCAGCAGCCCUCGCCAGUGCAGACUAUGCAAUGGCAUCAAGGGAACCAUUCGAAGGAUCACCAGACCGCUGGCAUUUCCAACAUGAUGUACACAGAGCCUAUGGGCCCGCAUGCCGACUACUACGGCUCAGCAAUGGCUGGCACGGCAGGGGAACUGCCACCGAACUAUGGCUCACCGAACACGACGACAUCCAGGUUGUCCCAGCAGCUUAAUUGGGGCUUCCAGGAUGAAGAGCUUUGGUCUGUCGGCAUGGGCUACGACCUGCUAGAGCCAGGUGGGCAGGGGCUCGCCAGUAUGGAUUUCCCCUUCCAAAUGUCUUCCUACAGUGAUACUCUACCGAUGCUUUAA